GAAGGUUGGUUCACAAUGAGUUGUGGUGUCAGUGCGUGGUCUGUGAAGUCAAGUUAUCGUUUCUGCCAAGAUUUUGGUUAUGAAGGAUUAGAAGGGCCGACACAUUGGGGCGAAAAAUACCAACAUUGCGUGGGAAAGCAUCAAAGUCCCAUAAAUAUUUUACAGCAUCAAGUUCACAUGGUACAUCUACCGCCAAUGACGUUUACAAAUUUCAACUUGCCUAUCAAUAAAGCAAUACUAAAGAACAACGGUCACACAGUCGUAGUUAGUUUUCUAACACAACAACCUCCUACAAUUUCCGGUGGACCAUUAAUUGGAGAUUAUGAAUUUGCUCAGAUUCAUUUCCAUUGGGGUGCGAACAAUGCCGAAGGAUCAGAAAAUACCAUUAACAAUAAUAGUUACCCACUGGAAGCCCAUGCCGUUUUCUUUCAACAAGCUUAUGGUUCUUUUCAAGAAGCUAUUGAACAUCCUGAUGGUUUAACAGUAUUGGCGUUUCUUUUCCAGGUAUCUGAUAUUGACAAUGAAAAUUAUGGGUCCAUUACCGAAGUUUUACCGCAGCUGAAGGAGCCUUUUGCGAAUACAGCGAUUGAUGACUUUCCUCCACUAGAAAAAUUAAUUGCUCAAGAAACAUCUGUCUAUUAUUUUUAUGGUGGAUCCCUUACGACGCCUCCUUGCAAUGAAGCAGUAACAUGGAUUGAAUUUACAAAUACAGUUCCACUCGGACAAAAACAA